ACUCUUACAAGAGCGUUCUGUGAAAAAAGCGCAAUUCCUGGUACACAACAAUUGGUGAUCUCGUAGAAGUCCCGCCUCGCGAACCCACAUCGCUAAUCCGAUUGGCUGUGCUUUUUCUUUCUAACUUGUGAGAGGCUGUAGCUUAAUUCGGUUGUGAGAAGCGGCAAAAUUCCUCCGAAACCUAGAUGCGGUAAGUGAGGGAGAAAGAAAACAACAGCUAUGUGAACCAAAAUACGGGACAAAUCGCGUCAAAUAUUGAUUCUGGGACAGUGCAGUUUUUUUUCAAUGUAUGACAAUCGCGGGAUAAGUAGCCAACCCAAACUGUGUGUGUGUGGGGUUGGGUGUUUUGUGUGUGUGUGUGUGUGUGUGUGUGUCUGUCUGUCUGUCUCUGUCUCUGUAUGUCCUGGUAAACCCUUGUGGGGGUAAAAUGCCCCACAACGAUGGCAAUAUUUGAAAUCCUUAUGGGGACAAGGAUUUUUUUAUUCACAUGAGGAAAACAGCUUAUAAAUUAUCUAACUGAUGUUUUUGAAAAUGCAAAAAAGUUUUCUGUGAUGGGUAGGGUUCGUGUAGACUUUUUUUUACACAGUUUGUACAGUACAAAAAAUGUGUGCGUGUGUGUGUAUGUACACUUUGUGAUGGGCACUUACACUAAAAGAUCAUGACAACUAUUUUAUAUUUGCUAUUUAAAAAGAUUUAUAAAUCUGACAAAUCAUGUUUCUAUUUAAGUCUAGUGUUUUGCACAAGUUUCUGUAAGGGUUGUGUAAAAUAUGAAUUUUGAACUUGAUAAAAAAGUGGAAGUCUGCAAUGUCCUGAGCUUACUAAUAUAGUGAAACAAAUGUGUUUGUCAAUUAGGCUUUUUUUUUGAUGUGCUGAGUCAGGAUGGCAGCUAAAAAAAGAAAGUUAGAUAUUAGGAGCUACUUUAAAACAAAUACAACUGAGGUGACAGAAACAGUCCUGCUAGGUAGUUGCUCAGGAAGAGAGGCAAGUGGAGAGGCAGGGUCACAGGUGACAGAAACAGUCCUGCUAGGUAGUAGCUCAGGAAGAGAGGCAAGUGGAGAGGCAGGGUCACAGGAUGCUGAUCCAUCUGUAGACAGCAAUAGACAGAGUAACUGUGAAAGUGACGACAUCGAAGAACAGAGUGACAACAAUGAAGAACAGUGUAGAACUGGAGAUAUUAUGGACUUUGACAUCAAGCCAAACCAACCUCACCCCAAGAACAUUGCAGUUCAAAAGCUGUCAAAUAGGGUCCUCCAUUUUCAGGAAAAUUGGUACAAGCAGUAUCCAUGGCUUCACUAUAGCCCCACUGUGAAGGGAAUUCUCUGUUUUUACUGUGUGAAAACAUACACAAUAAAGAAAAAUACACUGUCCAAAAAAGCAGACCCUGCGUUUUCCUCUAAGGGAUUUAGUAACUGGAAGAAUGCUCUUGUUAGCUUUGAACGCCACCAGAAUAGCAAAUCGCAUCAUCAUGCAGUCACAGUUAGUGCUCAAGAAGCAAACCCAGUAGAUUCACAACUCUCAAGUGCCUGGGCAAAGCAACAAGAUAAUGCUAGGCACUGCCUGCAAAAUAUUGUAAGUUCAGUACAGUACCUAGCUAGGCAGGGUCUGGCACUGCGAGGCCAUGAGACCCAAGAUGGGAAUCUAUUUCAGCUUUUGAAAUUUAAAGCCAAAGAUGAUGCUAGUCUCUCUAGUUGGCUAUCCCGUUGUCAUGACUAUACCUCUCCUCCAGUGCAAAAUGAGAUUUUGCAAUUGUUAGGAAAUUGUAUUGUCAGAAGUAUUGCAGUCUCUAUCCAGUCUCUACCAGUUUUGCAGUACUCACUCAUCAUAGAUGGCACUCAAGAUGUCUCAGGAGUAGAGCAAGAAUCUAUCUGUUUUAGAUAUGUGGACCAUGACCUGAUACCACAAGAGGUUUUUGUCGGUUUAUAUGAAGUUCCAGGGACAACUGGAGUAGAAAUUGCUAGGGUGGCUGCGGAUGUCCUCUUGAGGCUAAAUAUUCCUAUGAGUUGUCUAAGUGGUCAGACUUAACAGUAUUGCUGUGUGCCAUGUCCACCAGGACAAACUGGACAAAGUUGAUGUAAAACAAAUAUGCCAACAGUUCAUUUCUGUUAAUGACAGACAUGUGUUUGGCUACUUCAAAUAGUAAGGAUUCGGAACAAGACAGUAGACACAAAGUUAAGUGAAGUUAAGUCUCUGUCAAACUGCCUCCUUGUCAUUAUUUGUUACCUGUAACAUUACAGAAUUAGUUAUUGCAUUACACUAUAAGCAGAGUAAAGUUAAUAAGUAUGUUAAACGGCUUUCUUGUCAUUAUUUGUUACCUGUAACAUUACAUAAUUAAUUAUUGCAUUACACUAUAAGCGGAGUAAAGUUAAUAAGUAUGUUAAACUGCCUCCUUGUCAUUUGUUACCUGUAACAUUACAUAAUUAAUUAUUGCAUUACACUAUAAGCGGAGUAAAGUUAAUAAGUCAGCCAAACUGCCUCCUUGUCAUUAUUUGUUAUACUAUUCAUUUCCUGAAUCCUCAGCUUCCGGGAAUGUCCCCACCAAUCUCAAAAUCAAACCUACGCCUCUGUAUAAAGUUACAGCUUUUUGAUGAUACUUGGUAUAUUCACAACUAGAUUUACCAUUUCCAUAUUUUGUCCUUAAGCAAGACACUUUACUCCAGGUUGCUUGAGGGUCAGUAUUAUUAUAGACAGUGAGUUUACUUUUGAGAUGCUUAAAAAGCAUGAAACAUAGGCUCCUGUAGAUUUUUGAUACACAUGCAAUAUCAGAAAAUUGUUAUAUUUUGCUUAAGACCUUUGCAUUAAUGCAGUGUUAAUCAUAGAAAAUUAAUUUUAGCUAAUAAUAUACAUUAUUUUUAUUUUUUUUUUAUUUUUUUUUGCACAAAAAUGUAGAAUGCUGCCUCUGUAAAUAUUAUUUCCAUCAGAGUUUAUACCUCUCUUGUAAGUGAAUGAAAGCAUUCACUGGAUACUGUAGAUACAGACUACAUUACCUUUUCACAAAAUAGAACAAUAGUGUUUUAGAAGUGCAGGUCCAUCUAAUAAUGAAGGUUUUGCAUGUUGAGGUCAUCAUGCAAUUAAUAAUUUCCAUUUAAAACCUUUAACGUCUGCCAUUUAUAAUAUCAUUUAGAACAAAAUAGAUGAGAAAUCAUUUUAAAAU